CGCGUACGCGUCAUGGAAAUCGGUGUACCAGUAGUCGUCGUCAUCGUCAUCUUCGUCGUGAGUGAGAGAGAGUGCCGAAGGGAUUUUUAGAGAGAGAAAUCGCCGGCGUCCUCGUGAUUUUCGCCGGCGGAUUGCUUUUUUAAAGCUCGCUGUUAAUUUUGGACUGAAAUGCUUUUCUCUAUUGCGGAGAAUUAAGGUUUUUUGUUCAGGCUCUGCUGCCGUCGGAGGAGGGAGGUCACGAACGUUCCAGCGAGGGCAUUGUCGAGCUUCCGGCCGGCUUGGAGUGAUUACUUUCUUUGAGAUUUUGAGGGCGCUUGGUUGUGUUUAUGAUUGGGAGUUUGGUACUCAAUUGUGAUUGAACUGUGGUGGAGUUGCGUAGGUUUGUGAAGUGGUGAUUUAGGCUUUUUUUUUUCUUCUUCUUCUGAUUCUCGAGCACUAUCAUUCGCUGAGACGUUGAUUUUUGAGGCGAAAUGGGAGAUACUGACGAUGCUAAUGCUGAGAACAUGCGAAAUCUUCAAUGUUCGUAUGGAGCAUCUUCUUCUUUUGCUGGAAAUCUUCCUUUGUCGAUGGAUCAACUUAAAAUUUCUCAAAUGAACUGCUCACAAAUUCGUCCACCACACUUUCAGUCAAAUUUUCUUAGUGAUAAUAGUAGAAGAAUUGGGAUUCCUCCUAGCCCCAACUCACCGCAGAUCCCACCGAUUUCGCCGUAUUCUCAGAUCCCGAUCUCGCGUCCGAUGAACCAGCAAAAUUAUAGCCCAGUGCCUACUCAUUCCCGAUCGUUAUCUCAGCCUUCUUUCUUUUCUCUCGAUUCUUUGCCCCCUUUAAGCCCGUCUCCAUUUCGCGAGUCCCCAUCUACAUCGAAUUCAGAUCAGGUUUCUGCAGAUACAUCAAUGGAGGAUAGGGAUAACAGUUCCCAUUCUUUGUUGCCUCCCUCACCUUAUAUGAGAGCCAAUUCUUCUAAGAUGGGAGAUUCUUUACCUCCUCGUAAAGCACAUAGGCGGUCUAGUAGUGAUAUUCCAUUUGGAUUAUCUUCAAUGAUUCAGCCAUCUCUCCCAUUCAGUAGCUCUGGUGGAUUGGAGCGAUCUACGAGUAGUAAAGAGAAUGCUGGCAUGUUAAAGCCCGCCAGUCAGUUAGUUAAAAGAGAACAUAGUUUGGAGAAAAACGUUGACAACAAUUUAGAAGGAACGGGUGAGAGGAAAUCCGAUGGGGACAAUGUGGACGACUUAUUUUCUGCUUAUAUGAAUUUGGAUAAUAUUGAUUUGUUCAACUCUUCUGGGACGAACGACAAGAACGGUCAUGAGAAUCGAGAGGAUUUGGAUAGUAGGGGUAGUGGAACGAAGACAAAUGGGGGUGAGAGCAGUGAUAAUGAAGCAGAAAGCAGUGUAAAUGAGAGUGGGGAUAGCGCUCAAAUGCCUCGAUUGAAUUCCUCUGCUGAAAAGAGGGAAGGGAUCAAACGAACUGCAGGGGGAGAUAUUGCUCCAACGACCAGACAUUAUCGAAGUGUCUCCAUGGAUAGUUUCAUGGGGAAGCUGCAGUUUGGUGACGAGUCACCCAAAAUGCCUCCUACACCACCUGGUGUUCGUCCAGGGCAACUUUCAUCAAACAACUUAGUUGACGGUAAUUCAGCUUCAUUCAGCUUGGAGUUUGGUAAUGGUGAGUUCAGUGGGGCUGAACUGAAGAAAAUCAUGGCAAACGACAAACUUGCCGAGAUUGCUUUGACCGAUCCCAAGCGUGCAAAGAGGAUCUUGGCAAACCGUCAGUCUGCUGCUCGAUCAAAAGAACGAAAGAUGCGGUAUAUAUCUGAGUUGGAACACAAGGUUCAGACUCUUCAGACAGAAGCUACCACACUGUCUGCCCAACUCACUCUUUUACAGAGAGAUUCAGUAGGGCUUACAAACCAGAAUAAUGAACUGAAGUUCCGUCUUCAAGCCAUGGAACAACAAGCACAAUUACGGGAUGCUCUUAACGAAACCUUAACUGCGGAGGUUCAGAGAUUGAAACUCGCUACGAUGGAGCUAAAUGCGCAGUCUCAUCCCUCAAACGGAGUAAUGCCCCAAUCUUCCAUCAGUCACCACAGCCUCCAGCUUCAGCUUCAGCACCACCAACAACAGCAACAAAUGCAGCAGAAUGGGAGUGCACCCACAAAACCUGAAUCCAACCAAUAAAGUUCGUUGAUGAAGAUGGAUGAGCUUCAUUGUCUCUUUGAUCACCUUGUUCAUCACCAUCACUGUAAGCUAGCUCCUCAAUUAUUGUUGACAUUUUAAGGUUGUGUAAAUCACACAAUUAACUAUGCUUUGUUUUAAAUACUUCACUGAAUAUGUAGGAAAACUUGUUACAAAAAAGAGAAGCAUAUUUGUUA